AUGGAGCGGCAGGUGGCGGCAGCGGCCGCGACGGCGACCGAAGGCCGUGAUCCUCCCGCACCCUCGACGAGCACGCCUGAAGCGGCUGAGAGUGAGGGCAUAACGGCGGUUCCGGUGGCGGCACGUCCCCCGCCGGCAAGUGUUCCUCCAGUGGCUUCGGGUUCGGCGACACCCGAUGUGGCAGCCGAGAAGGUAGAGCAAGAGCGUGCAUUGGCGGCUCUCAUUAAGUUCAAGAAGUUCAACCCACCUAUCUUUGAAGGGGAGAAGGUGGAGCCAUCGAUGGUGGAGUUGUGGAUUGACUCGAUAGAGACGCUAUUCAAGGACCUAUACACCUCGGAGAAGGACAAGGUGUACCUCGCCACUCAUUGCCUUGCGAAGGCGGCGAACAUGUGGUGGAAGCGGGUAAAGCGAGAUCGGCCUUCUGUCCUUCCGCCUAUGCUAUGGAAGGAGUUUAAGAAGGCGAUGUUCGCAAAUUACUUCCUCGACACGGUGAAGCGGAAUCUACAGGAAAGGUUUCGCAAGUUGAGGCAGGGGGAUCGCUCGGUGGCGAACUACAAGCAGGAGUUCUCCCACAUCAUAAAUUGUGUCCCAAAAGUUGUUCGAGAUGACCGAGACCGGGCCGACUGGUUCUUGCGAGGACUUCGACCGAAGAUUUAUAGAGUCGUGCAACUAUUCAAGCUCACGACCUUUGCUGAGGUUUUUAAUCGAGCAUUGUGGGUGGAGCAUGGCGAUGCCCACGUGCGAGAGGAGCGUGAGUUGAUUGCAGAGUCAAGGGAUAAGGGGAAGAAGCGACCGGGCGGUGGUUCGGGGGGACAGUCUAGUUCCAAGAAGCCCCCGAAACACCCUCGCAUGCAAUCAUGGAGUCGUGAGGCGCAGCAGUGCAUUAUUUGUGGUGGGGGCCACCGAGUGACGCAGUCUAGGCAGUGUCAAGGAAAGUGCUACACUUGCAGACAGUGA